AUGGGCACGACAGACGAUGAGUAUCUCACCCAUUACGGAAGUUCAGCAGGAUUUUAUUGGUCAGAAGCGAUCGAGAAUGAUUAUAUUAACUGGUUCAAUUCACAUCUGGCCAAAGCUACUCCUCCUAUGGCUGUGACACAUCUGACGGAGGAAAAUAUGUGCAAUGGUGUUGCCAUAGGUCUACUUUUGGAGACCAUAGGCAAUAUUAAGCUGAACGGAUUGUUGCUUCAGCCAAUCACACGCGUGGAACGACUGCACAAUGUACACGAGGUGUUUGCUGUGCUCAGACGUCUGAAUGUGCGUUUGGAUAAUAUGCAACCGGAGGGUGAGUUCUCACCACGAUACUCAUUAUUUCACCCGACCGUUGUGUCAACUGGAGAAAAUGUUUCAUUUUUAACAUUUAAUCUUCAAGCGAACUAUUCUAUUCAUUCCCUCAAAUAUGUAAACCAAAACCGUCAGAGAGGAGGAGUUCAGUUGCCGUAA